AUGUAUUCGGAGAGACUCUCUGGUGAAGAAUCUCUUCGCCAGGAUUUUGAAGCUUUGAGUGUGUCAAAGCGUCUGAUGAGAAGUGUUAGCCAGAAGUUGAGGAAGAAGAAUCAGAGACCUGGAGGAGAAGAGGAGGAUGAUGCCAGGGGAAUAUCUUUGAGGUGUCUUACUCUGUAUGGUAGGGGUGGGGGUUGCAAAGUAGGUGCUGACACAGGGGAUGAUUUUGGGGAUCCGAGUAACCGGAGGAGGUCAAGUGCCAGCGAUGAAGGCAAGGGAUACAGACCGAUAUGUGGUACCGAGGAAUCUGGAAUGGACUGCUUCUCGUAUGGGGCUUCCGCUAACCACUCUCAUGACUGCACGCCUUGUAUGCAAGAAAUGGAGACACUUGACUACUACUCCUCGGUUCCUGCAGAUGAGACGGGAAGGCUCACAUCAGAAUCCAUGGCUGUUUAUUUUGGUGCUGUUAAAGAUGGUUAUUGCUCUGGUGAGAUUUAUGCAUUGGAUGUGUCUCUAAACCAAUGGCAUGUGAUAGGUGCUGAUAUUCUAAAGGGGAGGUUCAUGUUUUCUGUUGCUAGUAUCCAAGAUGAUAUUUACAUUGUUGGUGGUUGCUCAAGCUUGAACAACUUUGGGAGGGUGGAUAGGAGCUCAUUUAAGACACACAAAGGGGUAAUGCUGUUCAGUCCCUUAACUAAAUCUUGGCGUAAAGUUUCACCUAUGAAGUAUGCAAGAUCAAUGCCUAUUUUAGGAGUUUCUGAGGUCACUUCAGAUUUUUCCACCAGUCAAAGUUAUCAAAAUCGCCAAGAUAGACGUAUUCCCAGAUCACGGUUAGGUGGAGUGUCAGAUGUUUAUGAAGAUCCUCACAGGCUUUCUCUUAGGCGUCAAUGCAGAUAUGCUGUUGAUGAAAAUGAGUCUUCAUUGUUGCCCAAUAGAAAGUCAUAUAAAUUUAUAAAGCAGAAAAGUGAUCACUCAUCCAUGAAGAGUCAUAGAAGGUUUGUGAUCAUUGCUGUAGGCGGUCUUGGAUCAUGGGAUGAGCCUUUAGAUUCUGGAGAAAUAUAUGAUUCUGUCUCUAAGAAAUGGACAGAAAUUCAAGGGUUGCCUGUGGACUUUGGGAUUGUUUGUUCUGGAGUUGUUUGUAAUGGGAUGUUUUAUGUUUAUUCCGAAAGUGAUAAGCUCGCAGGAUAUGACAUAGAAAGGGGUUUCUGGAUUGGAAUCCAAACCUCUCCUUUCCCACCCCGUGUCCAUGAAUAUUACCCAAAAUUAGUAUCUUGUAAUGGCCGGCUUUUCAUGCUUUCUGUCUUCUGGUGUGAAGGGGAUGGUCAGAUAGGCCGGAGAAACAAGGCUGUUAGAAAAGUAUGGGAGCUGGAUCUCAUGUACCUUAACUGGACUGAGGUCUCAGUGCAUCCUGAUGCUCCAAUGGACUGGAAUGCUGCGUUUGUAGCAGACGGGAACAUGAUAUUUGGCAUUGAGAUGUUCAAAAUAUUUGGUCAAGUAUUGGAUUUUUUUACUGUAUGUGAUGUGUCUGAUAUGGAGAUGAAAUGGAGUCAUAUCUCAAGGAACCAUGUAACUCAUGAACUGGAUGCUUCUUCGUGCUCGACUAAAUCAAUGGCUGUACUACAUCUGUAA